AUGUCCAAACCAUUCACACCCAUUUCGUCCUUCCAGUCCACGUCCAAGUUGACACGAAAGAAGUUGGACGAUAUCUAUGCGGAGCCCGAAAACUUCCUAGAAAUCGAGGUCAGAAACCCACUUACCCACACCAGCGGCGGCAAUACGUACACCGACUACGAAAUCAUCUGCCGCACCAAUUUGCCUACAUUCCAGAACCGGGAGUCGGUCGUACGCCGGCGCUAUUCAGACUUUGAGCUUUUCAAGAAGAUUUUGGAGUCUGCCCCAGGCACUAGCACCCGGGUCAUCAUCCCGAGUUUGCCUGGGAAGGUUUUCACUAGCAAACGCUUCGACUUUGAGGUGAUAGAGAAACGCCGUGCCGGGUUGGAAAAGUUUUUGGUGGUGGUUGCUGGCCAUCCGUUGCUCCAGACCGGCUGUGGCAAGUUGCUCAGCAGCUUCAUCCAAGACGCCGGGGUCUGGGACAAGUACAGGAACUAUUGA